UGGGCGAUGAUGCGGCAGGAGUGGGCGAUGAUGCGGCAGGAGUGGACGAUGGUGCGGCAGGAGUGGACGAUGCAGGCGCGUCAGAGAGCAGACGGAGAUCGGGAUGGCGGGUGGAAGAAGGCGAUCCGAGUCAUGAGCUAGUGAUCAUGAUUCUGGGCAUUCGGACGGUGGUCUCGCAGACCCGCGAGCUAGAGGCCGACACCAUCCUUACUCCAGCCGACUCGACAGAGGUUCUGCGGUGGAAGUUCCUCUCGGACGGCACGCCCAAGACGCCCGCGCACAAGCACUCCGACUUUAAGUUCCAGGACUAUGCGCCGCGGACGUUCAAGGCCAUCCGCUCGAUCUUUCUCAACGAGGACGAGUACCUGCUCUCGCUGACUCGCGAGAACGCGCUGACGACUAUGGCCUCGCCGGGCAAGUCGGGCGCAAGCUUCUACUUUUCUAACGACCUGCGGUUUGUCAUCAAGACCAUCACUCACGCCGAGGCCAAGUUUCUGCGCUCCAUCCUCUACCGGUACUAUCACUACAUGUACUCCAACCCCAACACGCUUCUCUCCAAGUUCUGCGGCCUGCAUCGGCUGCAACCGCGCAAGGGGCCCAAGGUAUACUUUGUCAUCAUGACCAACGUCUUUCCGUCAUGGCUCGACGUCCACGCCCGCUAUGAUCUCAAGGGCUCGACCCAUGGGCGGUCUGUCGGGCCCGCGGUCAUGGCGCUGCCGCCGUCCGAGCGGGCGUCGGCGGUGCUGAAGGACCUUGACUUUGUGGCGCUGGGCAAGAAGAUCCGGCUCGGCCCGGCCAAGGCCAACCUGUUCAAGGCUCAGGUUCGUCGUGACGUCGAGUUCCUCGCCUCGAUCAACGUCAUGGACUACUCGCUCCUUCUCGGCGUCCACGACCUCAACAUUUCCAACUCGGCCCGGCUCCGCGCGACGCUGCUGAAGCGUGUGACGCCAACAGCCCCCGCGCUCGCCGAUCGCGACGCCAUCCGCCGCGCUGGUCUCAAGCGCAAGGCGCGCCGCGCCGCCAAAACCGCCCUCUACAAGCGCCCCGUCCUCGUUUCGCCGCUCUCGACUUCGGACCUGCCCUCGCUCACCCACCAGCCGUCGGUCGCCUCUGGCGUCCCGGGAUCGGUCUUUUCCUCGGUCUUCACCGCAGAGCUGGGCGGUCUGCAGUCGACCGAUGCCAGUGACGCACCGCUCUCAGAGCUCUACUUUCUGGGCAUCAUCGACUUUCUGCAAAAGUACAACGUGAAGAAGACGCUCGAGCACAAGUACAAGUCGUUCCGCUUCGACAGGACUUCCAUUUCGGCCGUCCCGCCCAAUCUCUACGCCACCCGCUUCUACUCGUUUGUCACCGACUCGGUCCUCUCCGAUCCGAACCCGCCUUCCGAAGUAGUCCUCGCACCCGAGGCGCCGGCCUCGGUCCCGGUCCACCCGGAUCAUGCCGCAGUCCUUGCCGGCGGUCGUGUCGUCUCAGUCUCGGAGCGCCUCGACGAGUCGGGCAACAUCAUCCGCACCACCCGGGUCCGCCGCCGCCACCGCCGCCGCCGCUCGUCGCGCGCCUCGCUGCAUGCUCGUGCCUCGUCCUCGCGCGCCCGCGACGCUGGGCCCUCAGGCCUUCCAUCGUCAACUCCGCCGUACUCGUACGCCUCGUCGGAAUGCGAGGAAGUGGUCGUGAGCACGCUCUACCCGCCGGGCCACCUGCGGUCGGCGUCGGUCACCCACGAUGGCCAGCUCUCGGAAGGUAGCCAUUCAUCGGGUCUCGACUCGUUCGCCGACUCGGCCUCGUCGACGCUCUUCUCGUCGUCGUCAGGAGAUGGCCACGCCGGGCCGUCGAGCCUGCCGCCGCCGCGCCCGCUUCGCCUGAAGAAUCCGUCGCCGCCGCCCGCUCGCUCCGGCCCACCUCAUCCGCGUCGCAAGCGUCGCCGCCGAGGGCAUACAGCUGCGUCGCCACCCAAGUCCAAACCCGAAGAAUCUUCGUGGUCUAACUCGUGGUCGAGCUCGUUGUGACGCACGCCAUGGCCUGCAAUGUUUUACGACAAUGCCGACUCGCUCGCAUACGAGCUGUAGCCGUAGCUGGAGACAGCUGUCGAAUCGCGCCAGCCGGAAGCCACCAUUUCGAUAUCUGAAUCGAGUGAGAUCGGAUCCGGCAGCGGCGUGUCCACAAAGUAGGUGUCGAUGGAGAAUACAGGCGAACCACGGUGCGAGUUUUCCGCGUCCGAAUCCGA